CUGACACACGCUCUCAUAGGAACACGCACAGCCUUUCUCUCUCUUCCAUGGGUCUUUGCUUAGCAUUGCCUUUUUUCUCUUGGUAUAAAAAAGAGUAAAAAAUAAUGGCGGUUGGGUGUUCAUUGAUUAAGCCAAAAAAUAGAGAGAGUGGUAAAGCAGCAGUAUCAGCAGCAGAAGCAAGCAGAACCAUCACCUCCGCUACUGGCACUAUUUCCGUUACUGGAAACAACUGCCCGAGCCCUUAAAAUCCUCUUCAUAUACUUAUAAAUAUAUACAUGUCUUUAUGUGGUUGUAGCUAUAUAUUCUCUGUGAAGAUCUUAAUAUAAGUUUAAAGUGUCAGCUGCUGCUGUUGUUGUUGCUACAUGCUCAUGUGGCCUUCAACUUGCUCGAGAAAUGCUCUGUACUUGAGUUACUAACUUUUACUAUUUUGGGUUUUGCUCGUGUAAUAAGAUCUGGGUUUUUUGGAAAAUUUGCAAGGGAAGUAAUAUUUGGUACUUUCAAGUGAGAUCUGCUUCUGUUUUUUGAGUUUGGGAUUUUGGGUCUUACUGGGUCUGUUCUCAACUGCGUAGUUCUGGAACCUUUCUCAUUUGAUUUCUGAAAUCAUUAGUCACAAUCUGCCUGGCUCUCUCUGGUGAAGCAUGCGUGGGAGUUCUGUUCUUUUAUUUUUGAAGCUGACUGGAAUGUGGUGUUCUAUUAGUUGAAGAUUUGGUUUUUCUUUUUUGGUCAGUGAUUUGUGAAGUUGGGGGGUUGUGGGUGAAGAAAAUAGCAAGCGGAUGUGGCUGAAAUCGAUCGUGUUUUGUAGCAACACCGGCUUCGGUUAAAGAUUCAGACACCGAAAUUUGUCAAUCUGGAUUGGUGUUUGAAGGGGGAAGGAAAAAGGUAAAGGAAUGGUAUUGUGUGGGGGGAAGCCAAGAAAGAAAGUAGUCGCUGAGUGGUUUGGUUGGUUUAGUUUGGGGUUUAAUUGGUGUGGUUAAGGGUGGGUGGAGUUUUGUGGAUCUUCUGGUUGUGGGUCUAUACUUGGUUUUGAAGGCGGUACUAAAUCUGUGAUAAUGAGGCUCUCUUCAGCUGGUUUUAAUCCACAGACCCAGGAAGGGGAGAAAAGGGUUUUGAAUUCUGAACUUUGGCACGCAUGUGCGGGUCCUCUUGUUUCUCUUCCUGCAGUUGGAAAUCGUGUUGUUUAUUUCCCACAAGGUCACAGCGAGCAGGUUGCUGCCUCAACUAACAAGGAAGUGGAUGCCCAUAUACCCAACUAUCCAAGCUUACCUCCACAACUUAUCUGUCAGCUUCACAAUGUGACAAUGCAUGCAGAUGUUGAGACAGAUGAAGUGUAUGCACAGAUGACAUUGCAGCCAUUGAGUCCUCAAGAGCAAAAGGAUGCAUACCUUCCAGCUGAACUGGGCACUCCCAGCAAACAGCCAACAAAUUAUUUUUGUAAAACUUUGACGGCCAGUGACACAAGUACUCAUGGAGGAUUCUCUGUCCCUCGCCGGGCUGCUGAAAAAGUGUUUCCUCCACUGGACUUUUCCCAACAACCUCCAGCUCAAGAGUUGAUUGCAAGGGAUCUACAUGAUAAUGAAUGGAAAUUCAGGCAUAUAUUUCGUGGGCAGCCCAAAAGGCAUCUUCUGACAACAGGGUGGAGUGUGUUUGUAAGUGCUAAAAGACUUGUCGCGGGGGAUUCAGUCCUUUUUAUCUGGAAUGAGAAGAAUCAAUUGUUGCUUGGUAUACGACGUGCUAAUCGCCCUCAAACUGUAAUGCCUUCAUCAGUCUUAUCAAGUGACAGCAUGCACUUGGGGCUUCUUGCUGCUGCAGCUCAUGCAGCUGCAACAAAUAGCCGUUUCACCAUAUUUUACAAUCCAAGGGCCAGCCCAUCAGAAUUUGUCAUACCAUUGGCCAAGUAUGUUAAAGCAGUCUACCAUACUCGGGUUUCUGUUGGUAUGCGGUUUAGGAUGCUAUUUGAAACUGAAGAAUCAAGUGUCCGCCGCUACAUGGGUACAAUAACUGGCAUAAGUGACUUGGAUCCUGUUAGGUGGCCUAAUUCUCAUUGGCGCUCAGUCAAGGUUGGCUGGGAUGAAUCCACAGCUGGAGAGAGGCAACCAAGAGUUUCCCUGUGGGAAAUUGAGCCACUAACAACAUUCCCAAUGUAUCCUCCAUUCCCUUUAAGGCUUAAGCGCCCUUGGCCUCCUGGACUGCCCACAUUCCAUGGAAUCAAAGAUGAUGAUUUGGGAAUGAAUUCUCCCCUUAUGUGGCUGCGAGGAGAUGGAGAUCGUGGAAUUCAAUCUAUGAACUUUCAGGGUAUAGGAGUAACACCAUGGUUGCAGCCACGAGUUGAUGCUUCCAUGCUUGGUUUGCAAACUGACAUGUACCAAGCUAUGGCUGCUGCUGCCCUUCAGGAGAUGCGGGCUAUUGAUCCUUCUAAACCAUCAACUGCUUCCAUUGUGCAAUUCCAGCAACAACCUAAUUUCCCAAGCAGAACUGGUUCUUUAAUGCCGCCCCAGAUGCUGCAGCAGUCACAGCCUCAUACGGCCUUUCUUCAAGGUGUUCAGGAAAACCAACAUCAGCCUCAGUCUCAGUCUCAAACGCAGUCUCACCUUAUUCAGCAACAGUUGCAUCACCAGCAUACAUUUAAUAGUCAACAGCAACAGCAGCUGCCACAACAGCAACUGGUUGAACAUCAGCAGAUGUCCAAUGUUGUCUCUGCAAUAUCUCAAUUUGCUUCAGCCUCUCAAUCCCAGUCACCACCACUACAAGCCAUCUCUUCCCUGUGCCAGCAGCAGAGUUUUUCUGACUCAAAUGGGAACCCUGUGACAAGCUCUGUCGUUUCUCCUUUGCACAGUCUCAUGGGUUCAUUUUCCCAGGAUGAAUCAUCUCAUUUGUUGAACCUGCCUAGAACCAAUGCGUUGGUGACUUCUUCUGGCUGGCCAUCAAAACGCGCUGCUGUUGAACCUCUUAUUUCUGCUGGAGCUCCACAGUGUGUUCUACCCCAAGUAGAACAGUUUGGGGCCCAUCAGACAAACAUCUCUCAAAAUGCGGUUUCCUUACCGCCCUUCCCUGGUAGGGAUUGUUCGAUAGACCAAGACAGUGGCACUGAUCCACAGAGCCAUCUUCUUUUUGGUGUCAAUAUAGAGCCUUCUUCUCUUAUACUGCAGAGUGGAAUGUCAAGUCUUAGGGGUGUUGGCAGUGAUAGUGAUUCCACAACCGUACCCUUCUCAUCCUCAAAUUAUAUGAGCACUACAGGCACGGAUUUUUCACUUAAUCCAGCGAUGACACCAUCAAGUUGCAUUGAUGAAUCAGGUUUCCUGCAGUCCCCAGAAAAUGUGGGUCAAGUAAACUCAUCAACUAAAACCUUUGUUAAGGUUCACAAGUCGGGGUCCUUUGGUAGGUCGCUAGACAUUUCCAAAUUCAGCAGCUACAAUGAAUUGCGUAGUGAGCUUGCUCGUAUGUUUGGCCUUGAAGGCCAGCUCGAGGACCCCCUGAGAUCAGGCUGGCAGCUUGUAUUUGUUGACCGGGAGAAUGAUGUUCUUCUCCUUGGUGAUGACCCCUGGCCGGAAUUUGUAAACAGUGUGUGGUGCAUCAAAAUACUCUCACCACAAGAAGUGCAGCAAAUGGGCAAACGUGGCCUAGAGCUUUUGAACUCAGUCCCAAUUCAGAGGCUUUCCAAUGGCAGUUGCGAUGAUUAUGCAAGCCGGCAGGACUCGAGAAAUUUGAGCUCUGGUAUAACUUCCGUGGGGUCUUUGGAUUACUGAACAAUUUAACCAGUUAAGAUACCGUUUUCUCUUUUGUAAUGUUAGUUUCUCUUUGAAUCCUUCCAGAGGUGGGAGGUACUGCCUAAUCUUGGCUUAAAAGUUUAUAUAUAAAUUAUUACUGUAAUUAGAAGAUGCUGUUCCUUGUUCUUAUGCUAUUGAAUACGUACAAUCCAUAAUUAGCAGGAGACAAUAUUUUGUGCA